AUGAUAAUUUUACAAAUAUCAACAACCAAAUGUUUUCAACUUCCUCAUUUAAAAAGACAACUUACAACAAAAUCCAAACGCAGCAAUAGUUUUAUUAAAAAAGAAAAAGCUGACACAAAAAUGAGGUUUGGGAUACAAUGUAAUCUGGAUGAUAUCUUUCUUUGUAAGAAAAUCAUCAAAGCGACUGAAAAUGUUGGAACAUUAAUUUCUUCCGUAAUAUUAUUUAAUGAACCAUUAAUUGUAAAUGUAAUUAUCGAAGAAGGUUGUGUUGAAGAUCUUUGUCCGUAUGAUGGCGAUAUUCUAGAAGAUUCAGGAAUCCUAAGACUUUAUCCACAGCCAUUAGCGAAACAAUUUUUCAAGAAUCAUCCGGAUUAUGACGAUAUAGACAUUUUGGUUAAUUUUUCACUCCAAUCAAAUUAUAGUUAUUGGUUUCAAGGAGAUCCUUUACCAACUGAUAAUACCACUAUAAUAGACUUUUCAUAUAUGAUGUUACAUGAGAUUAUCCAUUCAUUAGGAUUCUUUUCAUCGUGGGGAAUUUGGUUUGAACAAGUUGAUGAGGAGAUACCAUAUAUUACUCCUCAACCUCGCUGUGUAAAUCUUGAUGAUGAUGAAUGUGGAGAAAUUGUGAGUAAAGAUUUAUGGACAGGAUUUUAUGAAUUUGUAUUUGAUAAAUAUCUAAUGGAUUUGAAUACUGGUGGAAAAUUAUCCGACAAAACUGCUCAAUUAAAUAAAUUUUUCGGUCCAAAUGGAAUUCCCAAUAAAAGUGAGAACUCUAUAAAAAAAAAAUUUUUUAAUUCUUCGCAAUUUGAAAUUGCAAAAGAAAUGAAUGUAUUGGCAACUACUAGUGGUACCAUUGGAUUCUUAUCUUGGAAUGAUACCGAUUUUAGUGAUUGUCUGGUGCUGGAAACAAAUAUCAACCCUUUUGAUAAUAUCGUUAGUCUCAGUCAUGUUGACAACAAAAAAUACAAUAAUACAAGUGAUUUCUUAAUGAGAAAUGACCUGCUUUUAGGGAGAACUCUUCAAAGGAGUAUUAUUACUGGUGGGAAUUACACAAAUGGAACUUUAGCUGGAUCUAUUGGUCCUAAAUUAAGAAAAGUUUUGGAAACAUUAGGAUAUUCUACCGUGGACAAACCAUAUACAUUGCAGAAAUUAAAAAUUCCUAAUCCACGUUCGAUCAAUUCAGGAAAUCAUUCAACAUGUAUCGCAAUAUGUCAAAAAUAUUUACUUAGGGAAAAUCAUGUUCAAAAUUUAAGUUGCUUUACUGAAAUAGAUUCCCUAACCGCACGCUGGAUUGGGUGUUCCCAUUAUCAAAGGCUGAACUUAAUACGAAUCCUCAAAGAUAUUUCUGUUGAUGUAGGUUCAAAUGGUAAUGAAGAUUAUUAUUCUUUACAAUACAUUACAAUACAAAUCAUACCUUCAGAAAAUUUUGUCGGAAUUCUCAUCUUAAUUUGUAGGGCCAAAGUGCUUUCGCUUGAAAAUAAGGAUGAGUUCGUUAUUGAACGAUUAUAUCGGUCUUCGAGCAAUAGUUAUCUUAAACAGACACAAGGAUUUUGUUAA